AUGGUCACAAAAUUCUGCCUUCUUCUUCCACUAAUCAUCCUAACAAUAUUAACUUUCAACUCUUCUGCAAAUGCUCAAGUGUCUGAGGUAACAAGUUCUAAUCAAGCUCUUCUCUAUGCUUCACCACCACCACCAAAUGGAUGUCCCUAUUCAUGCCUUCCUCCACCCACCCCUACCGACUGCCCACCACCUUCAGGGCCAGUCAACUACCCUCCGCCAAUGGGCUAUUAUUUACCACCUGGUGGUGACAUUUUACCUCCACCAGUGUAUGUGUAUGGCCCUCCACCUCCUAAUCCAAUUUUACCUUACCUCCCAUUUUACUACAAGAAUCCACCACCGUCUGAUUACUCUUCGGCUGCAAGUCAUAAUGUGACGAGCAAGCGGAUGAAGAGCAAGUUGUUCCUACUACUUACACUACUACUUGUCUGGUGUCAGUAA